AUGACAUUGGGACUUUCUGGCAAGCCUCCUGAAGACAGUACUGAUAUCGCAAAAGAAUUCCAUCAACUGGCUUCCGCAGCGGUAGACUUAUCAAAUGCUCACGUUUCUGAAGCUGGAAUACUGUCGAUCCAACGUUCCAUUCGUGAUUGGGAGAAUGACAAGCGUAAAAAUUUGCUCUAUCAAUUUCCAAUAAUGCAAGAUCCAAUGAUAUUACCACCAGAGGAGGUGCUGCAGCAACAACCUCCCAUGUCCAUGGAUCCGUCGAUUCAAAUUCGAUUGCCGUCUCCAUCGGGAAAGAAGAUACUCAUCGUCACAAAAGGAAUGUCUGGUGACAAAAACAAGCCUGAAUUGGAAUUGUGGGAGAAUGGGGCAUUGGUUCGGAAAAUACCAACAAUACAACAACAACAAAAAAAACAGGAGCGUCAUCAUGGUUCCAUCAUUCACGAUCCUACUGGAUUUGGGACUGCGUCUUGGAGUCCUGAUGAAUCUUACAUUACAUAUGUUGCCGAACGGUUACCACCCACAACGCAUGCCUUUUGGGAACCAUACAAGAAUGACAAUCAUAAAGAUAAUGGCGGGGCUAGUAGCAGCAUUGCUGGUGGACAACAUGUGCUUGGGCAAGGGUACAUGGAGGAGUGGGGCGAACAAUAUGUGGGUCAGUCUCCCUUGUUGGAUCUUUAUAUACUUCAUUUGGAUUCGGGAAAGAUUGGUCGGAUUACAAAUGUUCCGGGAGAGAAUACUAAUACAGGAGAUGCAAGUACUACUACCAAUGGUGGAGUCACCUUGGGACAACCAGUCUGGCAUCCCACCUUGCCCAAAAUUGCCUACACGGGUUGGGAUGCUGGAGGCUUAGGAAAAAUGCCCAAACGAUUGGGUAUGGUCUACUGCCGAAAUCGUGCCAGCGGCAUUUAUACGUCGGAUGUGACCAAGCUACUGCAACGAUUACAAGGUACUAUUACAACAGACGAGACCGACUUGGUGGAAGACAAAGAUUCGGACUAUGAAAGUGUGACGGAUGCUUUUCCAUAUGCAAGGUCACCACAAUUUUUGAAAACUGGUGAGAUGAUUUUUUUGGCCAAUCCAAAAGCCUUUGUUUCACAUGAUAGUUGCAUGGGACUUUACAAGAAGAUUGGAACAAAUUCUGUUGCGGAUUGCAUCGUUCCAGUCAUGGAUCUUCCGGCCACAAAUGGUCCCAAAGUCUCGGACAUGGGAUUCCCAGGUCUCUUCGUACAUCAAUUGCCACCCAACGCCAGCUGUGGAUCCAACCAUUUGGUCCUUUCAACUGUUUGGGGAAGUCUUUCUAGGCUCAUACGCGUUGACCUCGACACCAAACAGGUCCAACUACUCGACUUUCCACUUUCAAAAGGAGACAGUAGAUCAGCAUCGAGUCACUUUUUGCAGUGCCAAACACCCUCCGGGGACUGGAUUGUAUCCGAGACAGCUACCAAUUGUCCAGCGAGUCUGUGGCUUCUUCCUCAUGCAGACACUGUACAAGAAACCAAAGACGAAACGAUCGUUUGCGAGAAUGCAAAGCUGCUGACGAAAUUUCCGGCCAUUGCUGCGUCCUCCGUUUCAUCAAUACAAGCAUUUCAUGAUAUUCCCUUUGACAUGGAGGUCAUCAGUGUGCCAACAACAGACGACUCGUUGCCGCCAGUCCAAGCAAUUUUGACGCUACCCAAGCAGCAGAAAGAAUCAGGAAAGGUUGGUCUUAUUGUCAUUCCACAUGGUGGGCCACACUCGGCCACCAUUUCUGGAUAUGUACCGGGAUUUGCGUUGCUGGCCAGCAAAUAUGCGAUUGUCUUUCCAAACUAUCACGGGUCAACUGGGUUCGGGCAAGCAGCCCUUGAGUCGCUACUGGCCAACAUUGGAGAUACCGACGUCAAGGAUGUCAUGAGGACAACGAAGCAUGUGAUUGAAGAAUGGAAAGAUCGUAUCGAUGAAACCAAAAUUGGUAUUUGUGGUGGAUCACAUGGUGGUUUCUUGACCUCUCAUUGUAUUGGUCAGUACCCAGACUUUUUCAAAGCCGCCGUUAUGCGAAAUCCCGUUACAAAUCUUGCCUCUAUGGCGACAGCAACGGACAUUCCUGACUGGUGUCAUGCAGAGGCGCUGGGCACAUACGAUUUCACCAAGUUUCGAGGUCCAGACAAGGGUGAGCUACAAACAAUGUAUGAAAGAUCGCCAAUCGUUCACGUGUCCAAAGUGAAAACGCCAACACUCAUGGCACUGGGAAUGAAGGAUUUGCGAGUUCCACCAUCCCAAGGGAUGGAGCUUUUUCAUGCGCUCCAGUCAGCAGGAGUCGAUACAAAGCUGCUGGUGUAUCCAGAAGAUAAUCAUGCUUUGAAUCGAGUGGCGACAGAAGCCGAUCAUUGGAUUCACAUCCGCCAAUGGUUCAACCAGUAUCUUGGUUAG